AUGAACGCCAUUCUCUGCACAGGCGACUACCGCGGCAUCAACCAGGGCGGUGAGCUCACCAGUAUAUUGCUCCGAGCUAACGUGGCCAGAGUUCUGCACACCCGUCAAGCACAAGCAUCACGGCUGGGUUUGCAAGUGGUGCACCAAGGCUGUCAAGUGGUAACCCCAUGCUCCACAUCUUCUCCUGAUCUCCUUCAUUCCGGUCGAGAGCGAUCGAGACGCGGAUCACCAUACGAAGCUGUGGUGCAGGGGGUUGUCUCAUUCCAAGUGCGCGCAGCGCGUAUGGUCUGUGCGUCUGGUCGGUGCACUACGACUAACCUACUCACCUCGCUCCACUCACCUUCGCCAUCAUCCUCACCACCUACCUCGCAAAAGCUCACCGUAAUGAGCCAGACUCCAGCUCCAGUCCCCGCCCCUGUCCCAGCCAAAGCUUCCAAUCAAGUUCAAGAGCAACCCAAGGAGCAAGGAGCUCAGCAAUACGUCCAAAUCCCCGGCUACCCCCGCGUCAUCAUCUUCUGUGCUGGCUCUAGACCUUCACGGCACAACGCAGGUCGACUUUGCUGGUUCCUGCCCUACGACGACGGGCACUACUGCUACUUCUGCAGAAUCGAGUACGGGUUCGCAUACGACCUGUUCGAUCGUGCACUCCGCGCCGCACCUACGGUCACUACCACCGCUGCGACAACCACCGCCGCUCAGUGA